CUUCCCCAACACAAGGCAACUGUAACCCUAACUUGGAUCAAAAUCGAAAUUUUCCCCAAAAUUAAACGAAACCAUACCCCAAACUACGAAUUCACCAUCUGAUUCCUUCAAUGGAGGCCCCGGGCUCAUCGAAGAAGAUGAUAGCGACGCAGGAAGAGAUGGUGGAGGCGAAAGUCCCGCUGGCUUACAGAGACCAGUGCGCCCAUCUGCUCAUCCCCCUCAACAAGUGCCGCCAGGCAGAGUUCUACCUGCCAUGGAAGUGCAGCUCAGAGCGCCACACCUACGAGAAGUGUGAGUACGAGCUCGUCAUGGAGCGGAUGCUCCAGAUGCAGAAGAUCCGCGAGCGCGAGGCCCAGUUGAAGUCGCAGCCCAUUCCGCUCCUCCCCAAAACCGCCAAUGCUUGAUUCGACCUUUUUGAGG